CCAAUCACGAUCAGCCAUCGCUCACACACACUGUCACUGAUCAUUAAUAAUCAGCUAUAAGCUAGCUAGCUAGGGGAUCGAGCAGCAUAUAUCGAGAGAUGACGCAGAAGAAGUCGGGGACGAGGAAGGAGCACAAGGCGGCGUGCUGCUGCCUCGCCGGCGUCGUGGCGGUGCUCGGCGUGCUGGCGCUGGUGUUCUACCUGGUGUACCGGCCGCGGCCGCCGCGCGUGGUGGCGACGCCCGUGGAGGUGACUAUCGAGCUGUUCAGCGUGCUGCCUCCGAAGCUGAAGGCGGUGGUCGGGGUGCACGUGGUGGUGAGCAACCCGAGCAACUCGCCGUACCGGUACGGCGAGGCGCUGGCGUCCGUGACGUACCACGGCGAGCCGGUGGGGGCGUCGGUGGUGCCCCCCGGGGAGGUUGGCGGGAAGGCGACGAAGGUGAUCGAGCCGGCGACGGUGGUGGACGGGGUGAAGGUGGCGGAGAGCCCGCACUUCGCGUCCGACGCGGUGGCCGGCGUGCUGCCGUUCGUGGCGGUGACCAGGGUGGAGGGGAAGGCGCUGGUGCUGCAGUCGUUCGAGGUGAGCGUGUCCGUCGAGGUGGUGUGCUACGUCCAGAUGUACGUCUUCCACGGCGAGAGCAGCUCCAGCUGCGCCUCCACCGUCCGCACCGCCACGGAGACCAUCUCCUCGGGGCCAUCAGGCCGUGCUGCACCCAACACCUAAUAAUUAACUUAUCCUCUUCCUCCAUUCUAAACGACUCCAUAUAUAACAAUCUUAUAUACACGAUUAAACAUCACCUGUUAUCGUAAACCUGGACAGAC